ACGCGUGGCUCCCUUCACGACUGCGUGUCAGUCCGGCCUGUGCUCAAGUUGUGGAAUCCGGUUGGAGUGUCAAUGUGUAGGAUCCACUCUCGGGGUUUUGGCGAGAUUGAGAAGGCGGUGCUAUAUCCAGUUCUUUGCACACCUGUUAACAAGCACCUCGGAAAGAGCAGCAGCAGCAACAGUAGCAGCAGAAGAGCAAUCGGGGUCGCCUGGUGUCAUGACCAGGGCAAGAGAUCAAAACCGCCAGGGAGGAUGCUGUGGAUCCUUAGCAAAAUACCUGACUUCUGCAAAAUUCCUUCUUUACCUUGGUCAUUCUCUCUCUACCUGGGGAGAUCGGAUGUGGCACUUUGCAGUGUCUGUAUUUCUGGUAGAGCUCUAUGGAAACAACCUCCUUUUGACUGCAGUCUACGGGCUGGUGGUGGCAGGGUCUGUUCUGGUCCUGGGAGCCAUCAUUGGUGAUUGGGUGGAUAAAAAUGCCAGGCUUAAAGUGGCCCAGACAUCGCUGGUGGUACAGAAUGUUUCAGUCAUCCUGUGUGGAAUCAUCCUGAUGAUUGUUUUCUUAUAUAAAAAUGAGCUUCUGACCAUGUACCAUGGAUGGGUUCUUACUUCCUGCUAUAUCCUCAUCAUCACUAUUGCAAAUAUUGCAAAUUUGGCCAGUACCGCUACCACAAUCACAAUCCAAAGGGAUUGGAUUGUUGUUGUUGCAGGAGACGACAGAAGCAAACUAGCAGACAUGAAUGCUACAGUUCGAAGGAUUGACCAGUUAACCAACAUCUUGGCCCCCAUGGUUGUUGGCCAGAUUAUGACGUUUGGCUCCGCAGUUAUUGGCUGUGGUUUCAUUUCGGGAUGGAAUCUGGUAUCCAUGUGUGUGGAGUACUUUCUGCUCUGGAAGGUUUACCAGAAAACUCCUGCUCUAGCUGUGAAAGCUGCUCUUAAAGUAGAGGAAACUGAAUUGAAACAGCUGAAUUUACACAAAGAUACUGAGCCAAAUCCUCUUGAAGGAACUCAUCUAAUGGGUGAGAAAGACUCUAAUGUCCAUGAGCUUGAACAUGAGCAAGAGCCCACCUGUGCCUCCCAGAUGGCUGAGCCCUUCCGCACCUUCCGAGAUGGAUGGAUCUCCUACUACAACCAGCCAGUGUUCCUGGCUGGCAUGGGUCUUGCUUUCCUUUAUAUGACUGUCCUUGGCUUCGACUGCAUCACUACAGGGUACGCCUACACUCAGGGGCUGAGUGGUUCCAUUCUCAGCAUUUUGAUGGGAGCAUCAGCUGUAACUGGAAUAAUGGGAACUGUGGCUUUUACCUGGCUACGUCGAAAAUGUGGUCUGGUUCGGACUGGUCUGAUCUCAGGAUUGGCACAGCUUUCCUGUUUGACCUUGUGUGUGAUCUCUGUGUUCAUGCCGGGAAGCCCCUUGGACUUGUCUGUUUCUCCUUUUGAAGAUAUCCGUUCAAGGUUCAUUCCAGCAGAGUCAAUUACACCUACCAAAAUACCUGAAACCGCCAUUAUAACUGAAAUAUACAUGUCAAACGGGUCUGAUCCUGCUAAUACCAUUCUGGAGACCAGUCCUAAGCCUGUGCCCAUAAUCUCCGUCAGUCUGCUGUUUGCAGGCGUCAUUGCUGCUAGAGUUGGUCUUUGGUCCUUUGAUUUAACUGUGACACAGUUGCUACAAGAAAAUGUAAUUGAAUCUGAAAGAGGCAUUAUAAAUGGUGUACAGAAUUCCAUGAACUAUCUUCUUGAUCUUCUGCACUUCAUCAUGGUCAUCCUGGCUCCAAAUCCUGAAGCUUUUGGCUUGCUCGUAUUGAUUUCAGUCUCCUUUGUGGCAAUGGGCCACAGUAUGUAUUUCCGAUUCGCCCAAAAAACUCUGGGGAACCAACUCUUUGUUUGUUGUCCUGAUACAAAAGAAGUUAGGAAUGAAAAUCAAGCUAAUACAUCUGAUGUUUAAGACAGUUUUAACUGUUGCUAUCCCUGUUACUAGAUUAUAUAGAGAGAGCACAUGUGCUUAUUUCAUACUGCAGAAUUCCAAUAAAUGGCUGGGUUUUUCUCUCUGUUUUUACCACAGCUGUGCCUUGAGGACUAAAAGCUAUUUAGGAAACCUAAGUCAGCAGAAAUGAAAUGGUUAAUUUCCCUUAUGUUUAGACAUGGAAAAAAAUAGGAAAAGAAAAACUCAGUUAUGAAGAUUUUGAUAACACUGAACACCCCCUAUUUCUCAUGAGUAGAUAAAAUUUGCAUAAAAGAGUGGUUAGUCAUGUGCAUUAAGUUGUUCUUUGGCAGAUACUUAAUUAUCUGUACUAGAAUUCAGAUAUGUCAGUUUUCCUUAAAACUCAUGUCUGUUCAAGUCUGGCUAAUUUACUUUUUUUUGUAUCUUAUUGUCAGUUAUAGUAUAAAAACAAAUUCUUCUCCAAGUGUGAAGAUUAAAGUUUGAUAACCAGUAUUAUCCUUAUUGAUCUUUUUGAUCUUAAGGGACUUACAUGUUUCUGGAAAAACAAAAUAUUUAACUAGAAUUCUCUAAUAAGGUUCCUGGUUUAACUUUAAAGAGCACCUUUGUAUUUUUAUUAUCAGAUAGGGCAACAUAUUGUAUUCAGCAUAUGUAGCACUGCAUAAAAUGGCUAUCAUGUAAGCUACAGGUAGAAGCAAAGCUGUAAAGUAGAUUUAUAACACAGUGAAUGCAUAAGGACUUCAAAUAUGUCAGUAGUUUGGCCAUAGAAACCAGAAGCCAAAAGCCACACAGAAAGACAAAGGCCUAAUUUAACUCAUGCUACUGUCAUUAAUGAGCUCUAUUGUAGAAUAUGAGGGAGUAAGCCUUCAGUCUGACGAGUUACAUGUAGAAAGGAAGCCCACACUUGUAAAGGUUUUGUUUUAGAAAUCAUUUGAUUUACUUUUAACACACUCAGGUAGAACAUUUUGACUUUCACUGUUUUAUACCCAGGAGUUACUUCUACAUUGUUCUAGAGCAAGAACAUUCAUAAAAGUAUCCCUUUCAAAUGUCUUUGAGUAGAGGAGAAAAUGGUAUAUAUUUUUAGAAACUGUUUUACAAGUCAGUUUGCAGUAUGUCAGUACCAACGUGGUACUUUGCCUUAACCGUUGAUGCACUUUCAUGGAGACUGCAAUACAUUGCUAUGAGUGCUUUCUUUAUUCUUGAGGUUUAAUCUUGUUCUUCAUCUUUCUACAGUAUGACAAUGAUUUGCUAUGUUGUAAAAUCUUUGUAAAAUAUUUCUAUAUAAAAACAUUUUUAAAAUCUUAA